GGUGACGUGUACAACGAACGGAAGUGUACAACCGAAACUGUAACGUUGACGUAGCUAUACAUAUUUUUGUGGCUACAAUUUUCACAACUUCAGCACAGCUGUUUGAAGCAACCGAAACAAUGGAGAGUCUUUAUCAUCAGACAAACAAGCAAAUCCAUGAAGUCCAGUCCCAGAUGGGACGACUGGAGAUGACGGAUCGGCAGUCAGUCCACUUGGUGGAGAAUGAACUCCAGGCCCGCAUCGAUCAGAUCUUCAGCCACCUGGAGCGCCUGGAGAUCCUGGCCGGCAAAGAACCUCCCAACCGCAGACAGAACGCCAAACUUCGUGUUGACCAGCUGAAAUAUGAUGUCCAGCAUCUGCAGACGGCCCUGCGGAACUUCCAACACAGACGUUACGCCCGCGAUGCCCAGGACAGGGAGAGAGAGGAGCUGAUGAGCAGAACCUUCACCACCAACGAUGCAGAUACCUCCAUCCCUAUAGAUGAGACCCUUCAGCUGAAUUCCAGCCUGCACAACGCCCACAGAGGCAUGGACGACCUUCUGGGCAGUGGCUCCAGCAUCCUCAAUGGUCUGCGAGACCAACGAGGAACACUAAAGGGCACCCAUAAAAAGAUGCUGGACGUAGCGAACAUGCUGGGCCUAUCCAACACGGUGAUGCGGUUGAUUGAGAAGAGGGCGUCGCAGGACAAAUUCAUUAUGGUGGGCGGAAUGUUGCUGACCUGUGUCGUGAUGUUCCUGGUCUAUAAAUACCUGGCCUGACCUCUGCCACCUCACAUGACACUUGUUGACCUCGGAUCAUGACCAUAUAUACGAACACUCCUGGUUAUGGACCUGACUGAAUGGUUAAAAGCCCAUUGUGUCCUUUUAGCCCCCAGAACAUGGAUUUAAAGAGUUCAAACUGGGUUUAAUUGGAACAUCGUUGACACAGUUCCUUGAACUUCCUUCAGUAUGGAGCAAGAGGACCUGCAGUUUAGCGUCAGUGACUGAAUCUCUGAAUUCAUACUUUCCCCCUUGUACUCUUUUCCUCCUUUCUUUCUUUUUCUUGUCCUCUUUUUGAUGAUCUUUCUUCCCUUCUCUCUUCCUUCUCCUCUACUCAUCUCUUAAUACUGCAUAAGAGAGCUGUGCUGCUAGGCAAAUCUGGCCCAUGGUAAAACUCUGUCAAGAAACUGAACCUGCAAAGCCAGCCAGUGUAAAUGAAUGACAUGACUAGAAUAUCCUGAAGAAACGCCCCCCCCCCCCCCCUCACCCAGACUGUACUCUUCUCAGUCACUGCCUCAUAUGGGUCCACACGGGCUGAGCCAAAUGUCAUUCUUCUAAGGAGCAGAGGAGGAAGCAGGAAUACAAACUGUAUGCAAUAGUUGUUCAAUACACCACUGGGAAAUGAAAGGACCACAUAACUCAUCUUCUCUAGACAAUACACAGAAUCGACAUCCCUCUCUGUGUAAUAACAUCAGAUUUCAGCUGCCGCGGGUGUAUUGUAACUGUUUUGCAAGCCCUGCAGGGCAUGAGGACUGAGGGGGACUGUUUUGAUAUAAAGGGUGAAAAUUUGCUCACUCAUUUGCUGUGUUCUACUGUCUGAUCAGCUUCUUAUGAUUCAGCAGCCCCUAACAUGGAAAGUGCUUCAACCCCCAAGGGUCAUUUGGUUUGUUUAUAAUAAACAGUAAAAUAAUAAACAAUAAAACCUUCCCAGUUCACCGAUGAGUUACAGGCCAACAGGAGCAGGACUAGCCUUCAAAUCCUGUUCCCGAGAAGCUGAAGCUGUUUUAAUUAAAGCUGAUAAUAACUUGCACAA